CAUUUCAUUCAUUCGCAAAAAAUCUAGCGUCCGCGUCGAACGUAAACGCCUCCCGGAGAGCCGUCGUACAUUUGGUUCUUUCCGUUCGGAUUUCUCGUUGUUCGGUUCUGGUGGAUUUUUUAACACACAAACUGUUCCUUCGGCUCAGUUACCCACUCUUCAGUUGUGCAAAGAAUCGCGGCAGAAAUUGCCUUUUGUUUUGGAUUAACCAACAAUAACACUCCUUCAAACAGCGUCCGCGAGAAAGGUUUGUUUCUGUCAGCAGCAAACAACAUAAAAUAGCUCGUCACUGAUCAUAGUAAACAUAGACGGGAAGUUCGCGCUUUCAAUAGUUCCUCGCAGCGUCACGAAUCCAAGAAGCGUCACAUGGUGCUAGUGAGUAAUCGAACGAAUCGAUUGCUGAAGAAAAAGCCCAAAAAGUGCGCCUCGAUGAUUCAUUUCCUUCGUAUAGCGAGCUGGAGCAAACGGUGGUGAUUCAGUGCUGUUCCAUCCAUAGCAAGUGCUUACAAAGUAGACGCGCGCGCUAUCGUGUCAUGUCGAGUGUCAGAUUUGUGGGAAGUGUGCAGUAGUGGUACAGCGUGUCGUGAAGGAGCAGAAGCAGAAGAAACACAGCACAAUCACCGUCGGAAAGCAGCAUUUUCGCAGCAAAGGCAACUGUUUUGUAGCCCACAGCAGAAGAAACGCUUGGAAUACGAAACGUUAGCACACGCAGUUCUCCACAGUGCGUCCACCUUGAAUGUUGCGCUAACAACAGCAUCUCGAUCGUGAAACAAACAAGUUCACAGAACGGCGAAUACACAACAGUACAGAGGUGAAGUAAGAGCGCAAAAAAUACCUUAUAUAACAAGCUAAUAAUGAUUAGCGCGCCCGAGUGCAUAUUGCAGGUGUGAUUCAUAUUAUUGUCUCUCAGUGAGUUGGCUAUCUGCUAGUAGUAGUUGCGUGUCGUUAGUAGUCGUCGUGUCUAAUUCCUCUUCAACACACUAGUGCCUCCCAUCUUGCCGUGCUGCCGAUUCGUUUCGUUUGGCCAGCAGCAUUCUUCGUACAAUUGGCGCUCGUUAAGCCGCGUAAGGGCGGACGCGAUCAUCAGGCGCUGCAAAGUGUACAACUUUGCUACCUCGUGGUGAAUGUCGUUGCGUGGUGCCCGUGUUCUUGACAACCGUGAUCGAUUUUACCGUUUGCUUUAUCAACCAAUGUGUGAAAGUUUAUAUGUGUGCGUUUGAGUGCGUGCCUACGUGAAUAGUGACGUGCAAAUUGCACGGUUCUCAACUCCCAAAAAUCGCCCGUUUACGUUUUUUCCCUCGUGCCUUUUGAGUCUACUCCGGUGACUACAAAGUGUAAAGAUAAAUACAAUCAUCUCUACUGACAGCCGCCCCGGAACCAGCUGCCCGAGUGACGGUGACAAGAACGAGCCGUUAGCAGCAGCAUCCGUCACACCGGGCAGUACCGGGCGCAGCAACAGCAACAACCCGUUCAAAACGUCCAGCAAAAUGAGGAUGAAGCAUAAAUCGCCCUGCCUAAUGCUUCGGUUUAUGCCGACAGACAAACACGCCAUCCAUGGUCAGCACAAACGGCACAAAGAUAGUUGCGAUGAUUCAUCGAUCGCUUCCAGCACCCGGGUUCCACUGGCGCGCAGCUGUUCUAGUCCAGCAGUAUCAUACGACAUCGAAUCGCAUCCUGCAUCCCACGUUUUUCCGCAUCUGCUGCUCGGCAAUGGCCGAGACGCAAUCGAUCCAUCGACUGUCGGUGCGAACUGCGUACUUAACGUCACCUGCCAGCAACCAAGCGGCCAGUUGAAACCGGGCCUCAAGUACAAACAGAUACCGGCCAGCGACACGCCACAUCAAAACAUCAAGCAGUACUUCCAGGAGGCCUUUGAAUUUAUCGAGGAAGCACGGAAAAAGGGUUCGACCGUACUGCUGCACUGUCAGGCCGGCAUUAGCCGCAGUGCCACGAUCGCGAUCGCGUACGUCAUGCGCUACAAAGGCCUGUCGCUGAUCGAAGCGUACCAGCUGGUAAAGCUGGCCCGCCCCAUCAUUUCGCCCAACCUCAACUUCAUGGGCCAGUUGCUCGAGCUGGAGCAGAACCUUAUAAAGGACGGCAAGCUGGAAGCGCCACCGGCCUCGCCCACGAUGGCUGCCCCACCGACCAGCCAGCCACCGUUCUUUCUCAUCGACAACUGCAGCAAGUACAACCCGCUGAACGAGGAGGAGAUGGUGGCCACACGCCGUCAGUUGCGCUGUGCGGCAGCCGCCGCAGCUACCACCCAAGACGCGACCAUGUUCGACGAGCGGGACGCAACGAUGGAUGGGGAUGCCGAUGAAGAUUGCAAAAACAACAACAACAACAACAACCGGGACAGUGGCUGUAGCGUGGCCAGCUCAUCCUCGUCCGCGUCGUCCAGCUCAUCGUCGUCGUCGUCGUCGACGUCCUUCUCGUCGGCGGGCUAUCGCAGCGGAUUCAAUGGUGGCCGCUUCUUGCCGCCACGGUUAACACUGAAGCUACCGACGACACCGACGUCACCGCCCUCGUCCCCAUCGCCCCUCUCCGCGUCCUGCUCGUCUUCCGCGUCGUCCUCCUCGUCGUCCUGCUGCUCAUCGUCCUCGCUAUCAUCAACGCCAUCGCCCACACUUGCCAUAUCACCGACCAUGGGAGUACCGAUCGGUGUGCGGAAAGCACAGUCCUUCAGCGGACCACCACCCCACCGGCCAUCGAGUCUGGCCACAACCACCCCCACGAUAGGGGGAGCAGCUACGACAGCGAUCAGCCCAUCAACCGCAGCCUGCCACUCGCUAGACGAUCAUCGCAAUGCAAACGGCUCCUGAUGGGUUCGGAAAGGACACAGAGCGUCCAAAAAACGCAAGAGAUAGGAUCGGUGUGCCCUGACGAAGGACGGGACGGAUAUAGUGUCUCUGCUGGAGUAGUGCCACAGUGUCACCGAUCACCGUUCCUCGUCAUGUGUACCGUGUAAAUACAGCGCAACAGGGUCCAGCCCGGGAUUAGCUUGUGUACGCUUGCUCUAAAACAGAUGCUUUAAACAUAACGAGAGCUAACUAGGGAGCUAAACAAAAACUAUGCGUGUGAUAAACAGUAAUGGAACGGAUUUCUGUUCCAACCUCUCCUUCCCCUCCAUCCCCUUCCUCCCUCUACCCGUUAUAUCGCGCCCACUGCACUUAGGGAAGAGCCGUGUUGUUGCUUUAUUCUUUCCUUUGUUUUGUAAAUAGUGUCUUUCCCGAAAAACGAUCAAUUCUUCUACUACCGUUGAUUUAAGUAACAAUCAUCCCUCCGUUACGUACGUUUCUAGUUAGGUAGAUGGAAUCAGUCCCACUUUUUAAGUGCUAUAUUUUUUUUCGAUUGUUUUAAUUGCUGUAACUUUUUGUGGCUUUUGGUUUCGUCACUUUGUUUGAGUUCCUUCUUCACCUCCACGGCUGUUAGACUGGUUUUCUUGAUCUUUACAUUUUCGAACGAUCAAACGAUCAUAUCCGGUUGUGUAUUGAUUGCUUUCAAAUGUAGAUGGAGAAAAAGAUUUCAUCCGUUCGAUGGAAUGAGUUUGAAAAAAUGGGAUUCAGUUGGGCAGAGCUUUGCGAAAACCAAACAAGCCAUAUCACGUGUGCGACGCUGUGUUAUGCUGCGAGAUGCUGUUUUCCAGCACCGACACACACAGGACAAAGUGUUUUUCGAGGAUUGCUAGCGAAUUGAUAAUAGUAAUGAUAACACACAGCCAAGGCGUCCUAAAAUGUGCGUACGUGCGUACGUGUGAAUAAAUAAGAUAAAACAAACCGCUGAACACAAGCGUAGAGAGAAAGAGAGAGAGAGAGAGAGCAACUCCCCCGUGUCAGAUGCAUUUAAAGAAGAGCAACAAGUCAUCAUCGCACACAAUAUUAUGCCAGGAGGACGAAACCAGAGGUAUCGUUAAGUGACUGGCCCCCAAAACCCGACAAUAUAGAUAGCAGGAUGCAGGAGUGUAGAGCAAUUUUAUGUGAGCAUACGCACGCACGCACGAAUGUAGUUAAACGAACUUUGUAAUAUAAAUUCGCGUACCUUAAAGUAGAUUAAAAAAAAAACAAAAGCGAUUUCAAAUUACCACACUACGAUCGAGCAACAGACGGGUGAGCAAGCGGCUGGCUAACCUGAGAUCCUGUGUGAUAUCCCCCUGUAAGGAUCAUCAUGAGAAUCGUAAAAGGAGUGCAGCGUUUAUCUAGCCCCGAUCUUGUAAGAUGUAAAUGUAAAUCAAGUGUAGAUGUACACCAUCAAACUCGGUAUUGAACAAGGGAUAUAUUGUCCAGCGUUUACGUUCGUUGGACUACGGCUCUUGAGGAUGAUGAUGUGGGCAGUUUUUUUUUUGCUGCCGGAGCCUAUCUUUCUAACCACUUGAUUGGAGGCGACAAGGAAAGCACGAUAAGAUAAACUGUUUGUGUGUGUGUUUGUGAGGUGCUUUUGUGGAUCGGUCCGAUUGUGCACAACAAUAAUCGGUAGUUAAAACAAGAGCAGGAAGCAGACCGUUUGUAAUAAAAGCAAAACAGGAAUACAUUAACCAGCAUGGCGAAGAGAUAGGUAGAUAGAUACAAAUUCGUUUACGUGUGUUUGUGCGAGGACAUAAAAAGGGGGGAUGAUCAUGCUGUAAUGUAAUGUUGCAAAAAAACAGGAAGAAAAAGGAAAGAUAAUGUACCCAGGCGCACGUUCAUAUGUGUGUGUCAUACAGGUAAGGUGCGAUUUUUUGUUUCUUUGUUUUGUCUCCUGCCUACCCAGGGGUUGGAAAGUAAUUAGUCUUCAAAGUUCCGACGCAUAUACCUAGAAGAGGACGAAGAAGAGUAAGAAGAAGAAAACAACCAAAUGCUAGUCUUAUUUGUUAAGAGUUCAGUAAGAAAUGUACAGGGCCCCCCUGAAACAAACUACGACGACGACGAUGAGGACGAUGGGAACGGUCGUACAUUAGCUGGAAGUUAGUCUGUAACGAACUGUGUAAUUACUACUGCUAUUACUAUUUUUAAUAUUAUUAUUGAUCUAAUUAUUACCCCUCGAUUGUAAGUGAGAAAGGCGAGAAGAAAGAGAGAGAGAGAGAGAGAGAGAGAGAGAGAAAAAAAAAAGAACACACAAUACAACACCUACACGAAUAUAGUGAAAAUAAAUUGGGAAUGCGAAAAAGAAGCAUGUCAUUUGAGAACUCAAAAAAA